GGAAUGCCAGCCACACAGAGCUGAGUGGGCUGCAGCAGCCCCCCAAGUACUCAGAAAAGCCGGGGCUGGGAAGAAGCAGGAGUGCUGGGUGGCAGAGCCUGAAUGCCGCCCCCGGUGCUCAGCCAGACCUCCUGCUUUCCAUGGAGACAGCUAUGUGUGUAUGACGUGACCCCACUCCCACCAGCAAAGGUGGGGACAGACUUCACACGGCUCACAUGGCCUCCUGGGGGCUAGGACUUGAGCUUCAUGCAAGACACGUGCCAACGUUUAGGUCUCCCUGUGCUGUGUCUGCAGCACUUGGAUGAUAGGGGAUGCACCCCAAGGGGCUGGCUGCGCCCCACUGCUCAAUCCAGCCACCUUUCAGACUGGUGAGAGAGAGCCGACCAGUACUGCUGCAGCCCAGGUUCUGAGAGCCGGCUGACGUCCCGCCCCGCGGCUGGGGUGGGUGUGCUGACACCACAGACUCGGCAAUGCUGUACACCACGCCUCUUCACCCUGAAGCUGGGUGCUGAGCGCCCGCGCCCACUCCUGGCAGGUUCGCAGCCUCCUACACCCUGCUACAAGCUGCAUCUCCUCUGUACCCUCCACCAGGAAGUGCUGUGGACACAGGGCAGGUCAGCGGCUCGAGGGGACAGAGGCCCCUCCAGCUUAUACCACAGCCCACAGGUCAGGUCCCGGGUGCGAGCUGGGGUCACCCUUGGAGUCUUCUCGCAGCCCCAAUGGUCCCAGGCCACGAGGUAGCUCCUGCCCUAGCACCACCACCUCUCUUGGAGACCCUGGUGACAAUGAGGCCCAGCAGCAGCAGGGCUCCCAUCUUUGUGAUGAUGGACAAAGCCCCAGGGUUCCACCUGGCUCCUCCUCCCUCCUGACCAGCCAGUGACCUGGGACCUCGCCGGCACCCAAGCAGCAUGCAGCUGCAAAGCAGAUGCCAGCGCAGCCUCCACCCUGACCUGUGCCUCUACCUUCCCAGAGGGCUCUUAGGUGACUGCGGCUGGGGGAACCAGGAGCCUGGGGGUGGACAGCAUGUGAGGUCCCGGGGUUCAUGGCCAGUCCCCCUACCGCACAGCCCAGGGACCGACCUAGGGGAUAAGCAGUUCCAGCAGGGGCUGUGGUGCACGCAGGUUCCCCUCCCACCUCCCAGCCCUGGGACCCAGAGUGAACGCCCAGGGACCCCUGCCUAGCAGGAGAGCUCAGUGGGGCCAGGGGAAGGGGCUCCAGGUAAGAUGCCGGCCUGGCUCUGCCCUCAACUGACCAGGCCACAGCCCCAUGAGGGAACCAGAGGAACCAGAGGAACCCAGGGAACCAGAGGAACAAAGCGACCCCCAGGGCAGGACAAAGGUGACAGAAGGUGGCUUUCUGGCCCAGCACAAGGGAUGCUUCCAGAAAGCGUAAUUCAACAGACUGUGGCCCGAGUUGAACCAGCACAAAUGAGCAAACAGCAUGCAGGGGUGCCAAGCAAGACGAAGGGGCUGGCAUGGUCUGGCAGCAGCCCUGAGGACCCUCCCAGUGAGAACACUGCAGCCAGGUGCCCGGGCCACCAGCCCAGCGGGAUCAUCAUCCCCAGCGGGCUCAGCUCCCACACAGGGUGAGGUCUGUGGAACAAACCAGGGAACAGCAAGACGCAUAGACACCGAGGACAGAAUACAGGUCAGAAGCCUCGCGCCCAUGCUGCAGCCCCUCCUGCUAUACCUCUAGGGGACUAGAAAUGUCACAGCACGGGGACGGGGGUGUGCAGGACCCUGUGUCUCCCCAUCCUGGGGCCCUUGAAUGACAGGUGACCCUCGCACAAGAGGACCCACAAAGCCGAUGGACACGGACACAGAGCAGCCUAGGACGUGGACACAUGGCUGUGGAGAGGGACACGGGCACCAGGGUGUAAAGCCCAGCCCCCAUCACAGGCCAGGCUACUGAGCCCCUGAGGAGUCUCACCUAUGAAAGAAACAAAGUAGCUAGGCACAGUGGUGCACACCUGUAAUCCCAAAUACUCAAGAGGCUGAGGCAGAAGAGAUGCAACUUUGAGGCCUGCAAGUCACCUCAGGGACAGAGAGUUUAUGUCAAAAUUUUAAAAUGCCUAGGUUAUAGCUCAGGAGUAGAGCUCCCCUGCGUUCAACCUUCAGCACUACAAAGAAAAGAGAAAAAGAAAAGCAAAGAAAGACACAGGAGGUCUGAGCUCUCAGAGGCACAGCCAGCAUUCGGCAAGGGGCUCCGUCACAGCCCAGAGAGAGGAGAGGUCUGAGCUGUAGGGUCGCUGCUCCCCUACCACACGGUGGUGUGAGGCAAAGGACACCCUGGCCAGUGGCUGGGUGACAGUGGCCUGGCAGGGUAGACAGGAGUGUCCCCAGCUCACAAAGGGGAGAGACCUAGGUCACCCCAGGGGCGCAUGUGAUUUGCAGACAUCCGGCACACAUUUGCCCCAAGAGAGCACACAGCCUGCCCUUCUCCUGGAUCCAGAAACAGGGCAUCCAGCGGCAGGGCCGGGAGAAGCCACCCCCUCACCUUCAUGUGCCCAUUGCGGCAUGGCCCAACUCAAAGCCCCUGGUCCCACCUGGGCCUCCAGUGGCCACUGGCAACCUGUCAGAUUUCAGAAGGCCAAACCUGGGCACAGGGCGUUCCACAGGAGGUGGGGCGUCCCUCCUCCACACCUGCUCCACAUCAAGCUGGGUCCUGCAGGGAAACCCACCCCCAACCAGGCAGCCUGUUCUCUCAUACAGAGGGCACUACUGCGAGGGUCAGGAAGAACUUCCACCUCGGGCUGUGGGACGUGUGGGACAGUGCCCCACACCCACACACAGCGGGAGCCAGUUUGCUAGCGCUUGCUGGGGAGCGGACGGAGGGCGCGGACCACGCACAUGGACUGAGCAUCGGAUCAGCGCUGGCAUCGGUGCUGAUGCUUUGUGACAGUAUCGCAGCCGCAGCUCCGUGGUGUCCUCUUUUACACACAAAUUCUCAGAGUCCCGCAGAGGGGCUAUGCCUGGAACUCACUGCUGGUGGGGAGCUGGAAGCAAAGGGGGAUCGGUGCCCCCACUGUGGUCACAGCUGCCGCCCACGGCACACGCAGAAGGGGCACUGCCCACACCCACACCGGGGUGACCUUGCUCCCUCCAAGAAGCCUGGGAGGGUGAGAUGGACUCAGGCGGGGUGGGUGGGACAGGUCUGCAAGUCCAGACCCAGGAAGUUCACACCUGCAAGCCACAGGUCUCCAGUGCACCCCACCAGCCUCUGGGGACGGGCGUAUUCUUGCUCCUCCUCUGGGGUGGAAAAGGGAAAGCGUCAAACCCAGGGCAGCGAUAUCCCACAUUCACACCUCAUGAGACAGAGCAGCAGGCAGUGGCCGGCUCACCUCGCCCUCUGCGUAGCCACUAGGCCCCAGACAGCGGGCAUCUGUGGCAUCCCGCCUGCCCCACCGGGGAAGCGGCUGCCUCCGGGAGGCCUGAGGCCACAGGCCAGGGGCCAGACAUGAUCCUGUCACUCUCCUGAACCUGCUCUGGCCAGGCCAGCGGGUUAGGGAAGGAGCCGCCUCAGAGCAGGAGACUGAGCCUGAGACCCUCCCCGAGGCCCACGGCCCUGUCCUCCUGUGCAGCAGGUGGCCAACUGAGGAGCCUAUGCCCUGGCCUCCCAGACGCUGCCCGCCGGGCCCAGCAGAGGCGGGGAGGCUGUGGUACAUGCGAGUAGGUGAAAGUCAGCUGCCUUCAACGGAAGCUCCAAAAGCACCCAGGGCGGAACUCGUAAACCACAAGAGACUUGAGCUCAGGGAAAGCCCAGGUCAGUGUCAAGACUGCCCGCAGCACCUGCACAGCCUCCCACUACUGACAGUGCCGUGCCUGCCACGGACACCCGCAACCCCAGCAGGAGCCUGCAGGACAGGCCCAGCACAGGCCAGGCCGUGCUGGACAGGGAGCAGACCUAAAUCCUUGAUGAUGGCCUUGGGCAGGCCGCCUCCCCCACCCCUCCCCAGGUCUGGAAUUCAGCUUUCCUGCUUUCCUCCUCCACAGAGCAAGAACACCUAAAAGUCUGGGCAGGGAGAAGCUGCCCAAUUUCUGGCCUGGCCCGCCCGUGGAGCAGGAAGCCCAUUCUUGGGGCCAAGGGAGAAAGGAGUCCCCCUUCCAGGACAACUCGAGCCCGGAGGACUGCCAGGGAGGGCCGACCCAAGUCCACAGGAAUCCACAAGCACCGGUGAACAGGCAGGGUACCAGGCACACCAGGGAGGAGGUGCCAACAUGGACUAGAUGCCAGAGGGUGCUGACAGCACCGGAAGGACAGACAGCAGGGCAGGCAGAGGUGGAAGAAAGUCCGGGUCCCCAUCUCAGUCAGACCCACGGCAGCCGUGACUCCCCACCUGUCCUGCUCAAGCCCGCCACCAUCACAGCCACGGACACCUUCAGAGAGGCAGUCUCCUGUGGUGGCAGAGGCGGAGCUCACUCUCCCCACAUGCCUGGGGAUCACUGGACCCCGAGGACUCAUACACGAGGUCUCUGUACCCCCGAAUACCUCCCAGGUUCCUGGAUGCAGUGGGUCCCUCUCAUCUUGGACCUCUCUGCCCCUCAGGGUCCCAGCAGCACUGCAAGGCCCCAUACUGGCUCUGCUUUCCAAUCAGGAGAGCUCUGAGGAGAGGGCACAGGCACGAAGCCACCCAGCCAGGAGGAGCCACAGCCAGGCUUGUAUGGGGCUGCCCUCCCAGCACCGGAUCCACACCCUCCCCAGAGAAUUCCUGCCACCACGCCAAGACACUCUGGCCCAGCACAGGGAGCCCAGGGGGCAGCCACCCUGAGCCAGACCCCAAGCCUGGAAACCAGAUCCACAAGAACAAGCAGCUCUGCUGACGGACAGAGCCAACUGCUUCCUUCUGUGCUGCCCAUGAGGAAUGGGGUCCAGGGCCCCAGGGCGGGGCAGACAGGCACAUGGGCAGGGACUCCUGGCCCUGCAGCCAGAGCACCCCAAGCUCGACCCGGCCUAGGCCACACCCACCCCCAGCAGCUGCCCAGCCCUCCUGGCAGGGGCACCAGCCCCAGCAGGCCCAGCCCUCCCAUGCAGGGCGGUACCACUGUCACCGCAGGAUUGGCUUAUGGUAAGCAGCUGCCGUUCCCUCAUGUCCCCUCACCUGCACCCCUCACCUCUGUGAGACACCAUGCUGCAGUUCUGGGUCCCACAACAAACAAACAGACACAAAACAACCCUUUACAACUGAGGCCAGAUGUGGGAGCACACACCUGUAACCCCAGCACUCUGGGUGGCUGAGGCAGGAAGAUCACAAAGUGCCACAGGGGCAACUCAGGAAGACUGUCUCAAAGAGACAAGGGACAUAGCUCACUGUGAAGGUCCUGGGUUCAAUCUCUAAGAUCACCCCCUAAAAAGGACAUUUCAUGCCUGUGUUUGACAUUUCCCACCUGAGUUCCUGAGGUGCGUGAGAGAUGCCUGCACACGCAAUGGAAAAAUCCUCGCUCUUCACCAGGGCCGCUGCUCUGAAGCUCAGGCAACAGGCACCUCAGGGCUGCCCCUGAGGCCAUAGCCACUCUGCUGCCCUCCACAGCUAACUCAGAGGAACGGAUAAAAGGAGUCACUUAGCCAGAGAGGGAACAGGGUGCUGUCCCUGGGUCGGUGGCAGCGCAGUUUCGUAGGAGGCCCAGUGCCAGUGAGUGCCAGUGAGCACUUCCUGGAACACUGUGGGGCGGCAGGGUCCACUGGGCAGCCUGGGCUGCUGGACACUGGAGGACCAUGCUUCCCAUGGGCAGCUGACAAGAACUCAAGUCAAGGGCCUGCUUUACAGCUGGCUAAGCCAAGGCUGGAGAGGGUCCCUGCCUCACCCCAGAUGCUGAGAAGUUCCAUGGCAUCUAUCUGUACGCGUCACCAUCGCCCCAGAUGCUGAGAGGUUCCAUGCCAUCUAUCUGUACCCGUCACCAUCGCCCCAGGUGCUGGGAAGUUCCACGGCAUCUAUCUGUACCCGUCACCAUCGCCCCAGAUGCUGAGAAGUUCCACGGCAUCUAUCUGUACCCGUCACCAUCGCCCCAGGUGCUGGGAAGUUCCACGGCAUCUAUCUGCACCCAUCACCGCCACAAUGAACAUGCCCAUCUCCCAUAAUCUGCAUGUGUCAGCUGGGACCAGGAGGAAGCUGCCACUGCCCACCAGCGCCCUACACCAAGCUGCAUCUACCAGGUCCUGGUCACCUCCUCCCUGCCAGUCCCUCAAAAGGAGCAAGCAUCAUCACGCCAGUUAACAGGUGAAAAGGCUGAGACAGGAACAUCACAAGCUGGGAGGCCUCAGAGGGCCAGAGCCCAGGGCUACCAGCCCAUCCUGUCCUCACUGUUGCCUCAAGGCAGGGCCAGGGCCUGGUCAGCUCAGGCUGGGGCACGACAAACAACUGGGCCUGUGGCCUGCAGGGCCCCAGUGCCCACCCGUGCCCUGGCAGGGCCGGGCACAGUGAGAGCCUGGUCAGCCCCCCAGGUUCUGUGUGAGGUGAAGUAGCAGGUAGCAGGGCCAGACUACGAGGCCGCACUGCCCAGGCACACAUCCCCUACGAGUCCCCCGCACCAGGCAGAAGCACGUGAUGGCACGUGAGUUGGCAUUACAGGCAGAAUGCAGUCACCCCAAGAUCCACAGCCCCAAGGGACAGACUCCGACUUCUAGCUCCUCACGAUGGUUCAGCAGUGACAUGGAUGUCCCCUGUGCCCCAGAUUCCAGACCACACCAGGUAGGGUCCUCUACAGAUCAUGCAAGGCAUCUGUAUGUCACUUGCAGAUAAUCCAAGACACUGGUUACUCGGCCAUCCUGGGGCACACCUGCCCAGAACACUUGGAUGUCACCAUACCCACACGACAACUGCCAAGGAGAAGUCCCCUCCCCACACCUUGCCAGCUCCUGAUGGACUCAGCAGGAGGCUGGAGCCUGGGAUGGGAAGGGGUUUUCUCAAAGUGCACUCACGACUCCAGGUUAUCAAGGCCUGGCUGCAAGUAUGCAGACAACAGCUCCAGAACGGUGCCAAGAGCUGCAGCCACAUAUCGCACACAUACACUGAAGCACAGGCCUGGCCUGGCAACUGGAGCCAUCCACUUGCGAGUAAAGGGUGUGUAGUAUGCCCCCUUGGAGACCUCCAGCAGCUGAACCAGACGGCACCCGUCCUGGGUCUCCCAGUUGUCACCAAGAUGAGGAUGCUAAGAAAGCACCACCUUCUAGUCGCAGACUCCAGCCUUGGGCUCAGCCACUCGUAGCAGCCACAGCACGUGCGCCGGGGGCAAGGCUGUUUUUGACAAACCUGAGGCCUCAGCGCUCAGACUCACCCUUUCUGCACAAGCCAGAGGGUGGAACCUCAGGAGGGUGAGAGACCCCAGGGCCAACCCAAGGUGUCAGGAUCCUGUAAGCUUUGAGACUCACAGGAAUUAAAAAAAUUGUGCUCUGAAUGUUACUUUUUCAGGCAAGAACAGGCUCAACCAGCUCCUAGCUCCCAGGUGCAGGUACAAGGGACCCUCCAGGGCCUUGAUGACCAGCGCAGAGUAGGGGUACACAUAAUGACCUCACUACUCAGCCAACUGCUUCCAAAUCCUGAGCCUAAAGAGCAGCUUCAGGCAAGUCCUCCGGAGGCAGCUCUGGACACACCCUGGGGCCUGGUGAUUUGGAGGAACACGGCCCUUGCCCACCAAGAGCUGGGCCCACCCAUCACAAGGGCAGAGGACAGUUGGCCAUGAUGCGGUUUCACUGGCCCCACCUGGCAUGCUGUGGCUCACUACCCCCCAGGGGAGGCUGUGCCACCGUAAACCAGGAAGUGGCCGAGGCAAUCCAGGAGGCCGGGGCCCAGCGAGGCUCCCAGCCAGACAGGCGCUCUCGCGAGCUGGCUGCAGAAGCAGCAGGCCUGGCUUUCCCUUCCCACACUCCCCCACUUUCACUUUCUGUGGAUGCCUGCUUCCGAAUAAGUCUACAGGAGGGAGGAGUGUUUACCAAUCUGGUCCGCUACUCCAACCUCACUUCCCAGGCGGGCGCAGUUGAAGGCAGGCAAUUACUCUACUUGCUAAAAACAUAGCAAAAGACAAACGUGUGCACUGUCCACCCCGAGGAAGCUUUUCACUUCCCUCCCUAAAAACGCAGGGUUAGGACCCAUCUCAAACAUGGCUUGGAUUGUCUCGGAAAAGCCUGAGGUUACCAGAGAGGUCAGAAAGAAAUGCUCCCCCUCCCCAGAGUCCUGUGCCUUAUCUCCCCUGAUCUGUGGCCAGCAGCACACAUCCAGGCCUAACCUGGGAGAGAGCAAACUCGAACCUUUAUUUGCAAAUAAGAGGCUGCCGUAGGGCAAAAAGGACACCCCCACCCCCACCUAGGAAAGGUCCCUAAGUCCUGAGGUUGGUCCUGGCAGGGCACUCAGGCCUCUCCUAAACCCUGCCAACCGCCUCUAGCAAAUGAGACCCCCAAGACAGCGCCAAACAACACCGCACAGAUUCCAGGACCUCCCCAGGGGCACGCCGGGAACCCAGAAAAAAUCUCCACCCUAAAGGAAAAAGGCUUCAAAACGGCAGAGAAAAAAGACGACUACGUCGUUCUUGUCUUCACCAGGGGGUGCAAAGAGGUCUGUGAUUCACUCACUAGUUCCAACCGUUAGCUGAUCCACUGAUGCACCCCCACCCCAUAACUUCUGUAGACAAAAACCAAGUUUAAUGUUCUGGAGGAGGGCACCAACUACGCUCCCCUCUGUAACAAACACUGGACCAAAAUUUGGGACUGCACAUACCCGCGAUUGGGCCUAGCUCCAAUCGCGGGAACUCGCGACAGACCACGGGACCCGCCUCCAAGGGGCGGUUGGAGCACCCCGUUUUCCGAGAGCUGGGGCUGCCCAAGGCCCCCACCGCGGGCUUGCGGUGUGGACACGGUGAGGCGAGACGUCCCGAAGUCCCCAGCUUUAUUCACAAGCAGCGCCCCCGGCACGGACGACGUUUGGGCGCGAGUUUCUGCCCCGAUGGGAUGGACCACGUCGUCACGAAGAUGCCCACCCCGAGGAGAAGGAGGGCAGCGCCCCC